AUGCGAAUGGACCUCAUGCCCAGGACACUGGAGGGGCAGAUCACCAUGGAGAAGACCCCCAGCUACUUUGUCACCAAGGAGGCCCCAGCCCGCAUCUCCUCCAUGUCCAAGGGCACAAAGCUCAUCGUGGUGGUGCGGGACCCUGUGACCAGAGCCAUCUCGGAUUACACCCAGACGCUCUCCAAGAAGCCCGACAUCCCCACCUUUGAGAGCCUGACCUUCAAAAACAGGACUACGGGCCUGAUCGACACCUCGUGGAGCGCCAUCCAGAUUGGCAUCUACGCCAAGCACCUGGAGAACUGGCUCCUCUACUUCCCCAUCGGGCAGAUCCUCUUUGUCAGCGGGGAGAGGCUGAUCAGCGACCCCGCGGGGGAGCUGGGCAGGGUCCAGGACUUUCUGGGCCUCAAAAGGAUCAUCACCGACAAACACUUCUACUUCAACAAAACUAAGGGGUUCCCGUGCCUGAAGAAGGCGGAAGGCAGCAGCAAACCCCACUGCCUGGGGAAGACGAAAGGCAGGACCCACCCCGACAUAGACCAGGAGGUGGUGCAGAGACUGCGGGACUUCUACCGGCCCUUCAACAUGAAGUUCUACCAGAUGACGGGGCAGGACUUUGGCUGGGACUGAGGCUGAAAAAAAUAAUUUAAGAAAAGGAAAAUAUAAUAUAAUAUAUAUUUUUUUUACAUAUCAGUAGAGAGGGGGAAAAUGCAGAAAAAAAUAAUAGUUGUGCUGAAACAUGAUUUGUUCUGAUUUUUUUCUUUUGACAUUGCUUUGUUUUCUUUCUUCCCUCAGUGAUGAGGUGAUUUGUCCGUCCAGAAAAGGAGGCUGUGAACAGCAACCUGGUCCUAUUGACAUCACCUGCCGCUUGGCUGCUUCCUUCGAUGGGCCCAGGGUUUAGCACUGUCUCUGUAAAAAAAAAAAAAAAAUGCAGGUGCAAGGGUUUCAGAUGUCCUGAAGUCCACCUUCAGAAAUAACAAGGAUGCUCAGAGGAGCUCAAAGCCUCACUGGAAGGUCAGCCAGAUUUUGGCUUGCAAAUGCCAUUUUAGACCAGACCUCAUCACUUUUGACAAUGAAACAAAGGAGGCUUAGUAUCUAAUUGGCUUUCAAAACCUUUACCAUAGGGGAUUUUUUUAUUGCAUGAAACCUUUGGUGACAUUUUUUUCAUUCAUCCAAUUUUUUUAUUUGACUUUUGCCCCCCCUAAAUCAAGCUCUUUUCAUCAACCAAACUUAUUUUUCAUCUUACAGAAGCCAAAACCAAUAAUCCUUUGUUUUGUUUUGAGACAAAACAAUUUUGGUAGCCAAAAGUGAAAGAAAACAAAUGAUUCUUUUGACUCUAUGACAGAAAUUGCCGGGUAGUCAAAAGGCCUCAUUCACAGGAAUUGGCUCUAAACCAGUGCUCCCCAUUGCCAACAAUGUGUACCCCUUUUGCUACACUGACAGCAGAGUGCUUUUCCCAGGGGGGCCCAUCUGAAGGCAAGGAAGGUCCACACUGAGAUGAUGCUUGUGGUACACCUGUCUUGAAGGUGAUGGGGGACCCACCACCCCACCACUCUAUGCAAGAAACAAGUUCACAGUGUCUGGUGGAUGCUAUUCAAGCCAUAAUGAGAAUGUUUUAAGUUGGGCCAAUCUUAAAAGAAAAAAAACAAACCCAAACCAAACAGUGGAGAAAGGGUUGUUUGGGAAAUAAUGAACAAAAAUCACAUCCAGAAAGGGGAGAGAAUGAGGAGAAGAUGAUGGAAGUUUUCUUGUCCUUUACCAAAGGAGAACCGAGGGGGAAACAGGAAAAAAGAGCGUUGGUUGUGCAGGGCUUUAAAAACUGUCAGACAAAACAAAUCUCCUGUUUGUAAUAACCAGGAGCUUUAAAUUCCUUGUUUUGAUCCUUAUCACUUUUUUUGGAUAGUAGAAAUGCCUCAGCAACAGAAAUCUAUUAGUGAAGCAGGAUCUUGUAUUACCGUGUGCUCAUUUAUCUGCUGGCUCUUUAUCUUCAGCAUUUUCUGGGCUGUAGAAGCACCUAAUUAUCACUUGGUGCUGUAUAAACACAACACGAUGGUGUUCCGUCUCCUGACUCUAACUUUAAAAAGCCCCUGAUGGGGUAAAACAAAGUGGGGGAUCACCUGGUAAUCUGGUUAGGAAGAAGCCUGGGGACCAAGCUCGUUGGCUGCCUGCACAUCAGCUAAGAUCUUAAUAGUUAAUCAUAGCAGAGCAGAGAUUUCAAGGAGUCUGAAGAGAACUGUAUCUGAAACUUCAGCUGAACCCAAGAGGGAGUCAUUUCCACCUUGGGCUGUCUUGCUUGACAAGUUAGGAAAACAGCUUGGUGCCUGCUCAACCUCCUGGCAGUCCCACAGUGGGUGUGGAGCCACAUCCCCUCCUGGCUGCCCUGAGCCGCCUCCUGCCCACCCAUCCCUACACACCUCCCUCUGUUCCCGAGCACGUGGAGUCCUGGGACUCCUGCAAACACCUUACAGGAGGUGAGGGAUCACACAAUCCCCCAACAGCCCCCCUCUUACCUGCCUCCCUCCAGCCCCUCAGUGUUCAUGCAAGAGAUGACAUGAAGAAAUCAAAGAUGCUCAAGCAGCUUUGGCUCCCUCCCAGCACCUCUGCAGCUCAAAGCUCCCAAAUCAGAAGCUGGAAGAGCACUGGGCUCCCCAAAGUGUCAGCAAUCUGCUCUCUGCCCAUGCCGGCCGCAUCAAAGGGGAACAGGCUUAAGGUGCAGCAAAAGGAUGGGGGUUAAUUACUGGGAAAACCUUUCUAACAGCAAGGCUUGUUGGGGCAGGCAUGGGAGAUGAUCGCCAUCCCUCCCACGUUGUGCUCUUCCCUCCAAGUGCAAAAGCCAAGCUGGCGGCAAGGACAAGGCAUCGCUCACUCAGGGGCACAACUGAACAGCGUCAGCACUACCCAGGCACAAAGUCUGAGGUUUUCCAAGCUGAAAAGAUUUAAGCAUGACAUGUAUUUGGUAUUUCAAGAAGACUUAAGGUUGGGCUAAGGUUGUACAGAUGUACAGGCCUUUGACAAGUAUAAAUAUCACUUUAAGAGUAUGAUUUAAAAAAAAUCAAUAUAAUUGCAUUGCUAUUGUCUUUCAUAUGGUCACAUUUAGACAAGUAUAAAGCAGCUUUAUAGGGCUACAGAUUGUUCUUCCCAUAUUGAACUGGCUAUAGCAAUACCUAAACCAUCUUCAUACAAAUGAGUUUCUACAACUGCCACCGAAUCACUGUCAUUAAGUCAGCAUAGCUGCGGUGUGUACACAAGCCCACUAUCAUACGUGCCUUUAAAAAACUCUGCCCAGCACACUGAACUCAGCUACACAGGCAGACUUUCCCCAAAAUAAUUCAGUGGUUUACUUCCACUGAUUUCUGAGGGUUUGAAUCCCUUGCUGCACACCUAGUAAAACUAUUUAGGGAUCUGAGACUGUUAAGUGAUUUUUUUUUAUCUGGGCCAUAAGUACUUUUGAAAAUCCCUCCACGUAUGAACGAUGGCUUUUAAAAAGAGGUCAUGCAAUCAAAUUGCUUUGAACUCUAAUAACAUUUAAGCCUCUAAACUCGUUAGGCUUAUUUUAAAAUCCACCCAUGAAGUUUAGAUUAUUUUAACCUAAGAAGAACUGGAAGUAAACUAUUGAAAGCUGCACCCUUCCUAGGGCUACAGUAUUGCGCAUGUGUAUUAGGAGGGGAAAGUAAAAGUAGCUAUAAAUAAAAAAGAAAGUGACCUAUAAAGUUUGAUUAUUUUUUUUAAAGCAGAAAAAUCUAUGUUAACAAUGAGAAACUAAUUAGGCAUAGUAAAAUUCUUCUGGUUUCAAUAAUCAGAUGUGCCAUUAGGCACUGAUGAAGCUUAGGCUUAUAUGCCAUGCAACAUUUAGAUUUUAAAACAUUUGUUUUAAAAGGAAAAAACAUCCUUUAUAAAGCAUCCUAUCAAUGUCAAGUGCCAGAUGCUGAAGUUGUUUACAGUGAGGGUGGUGAAACACUGGCACAGGUUGCCCAGAGAGGUGGUAGAUGCUCCAUGCCUGGAGAUGGUCAGUGUCAGGCUGGAUGGGGCUCUGAGCAACCUGGUCUAGUUGAGGAUGCCCCUGCUCAGUGCAGGGGGUGGGACUGGACGACCUUUAGAGGUCCCUUCCAACCCAAACCAUUCUGAUGCCAUGAUCUGUGAGCAGACAGACACAUCUACACCCCCCGUCUGAGGUAUGCGCGGGCAGGCAGCGCAUCUCGGGGGGUUUGCACAGCACCUCGCCCAGCCCUAGUGCACAGAAACCACCAAGAGCUCUGGCGCAGGGGCACUGAGCACAAGUAUUGUCCCAGAAGUCUUCAAAACUCAGAUUUUGUACACUGAUGGUGACAUGCUUUGGCACAGGCUUGUGCAGUCCAAUUCAGAAAGGCAGCUGAACCUGAGACCUCCCUUUAGCCCACUGCAGCAGCAGCUUUCAGCCAAACCUGAACUGUGGGAAGGGUCUUUGCACUGUGUUUUAACUGGCCACACCUGGAAAAUUUGAGAGAAAUGGGUUUUUCUUUACCAGUGCAGUUUGGCAAGACAAAACCUGGUCCCUCUGCUGCUGUGAUUCGCAUCGCUGCAAUUUCUGGAAGGGCAAGGACCGGGCUGCUGCACUCACGUUGUAGCUGGCGCUGAUAUUGUGCCGUGGGAAAGUUAAUCAACUCCUAAGGAAAUGCUGCCACCCAAUAAUUUACACAGUUAAAAUGAAUAUAAACACCAGCGUAUGAUCAGCGUAUGAGACUCCUCUAUGUGGUAUUCAGGGUGGUCUUUGGGGUGCAGCACUAAGAAGUUAAAUUUCCAGCAAUGAUUUGGCCGUGCCUACCCUGCACUGAGUGAUUUUGACUAACACGGAUCCUUGGCCUCCUCGGUUCUCCCACAUAGACACUAGCACACACAAUGUUAGGUCUCCAGAUUAGGAAAAGACAAAAAUUUGCCCAUUUUCUUAACCAUUAAAAAAAUUCUUGUUCGUAUAUAACAGUUUCUGGGUUUUCUCUCCUCCCUCCCCUUUGCUUGGUGAUACUGUCAUCCUUCUCCCUUUGGUGCUAUUUCAGUAUGAAACAGACUGAUUUUAAUUUAAUUUAAGAAUGAAAAAGCACACAUUUAAUAAAGUUUACGGGUACUGAGAGGCUGUGCUCCCUUUUUGCUGGCGGCAGCAACCUGGAAAGAGUGGGCAGGUUUAUGAAAAAAACGGGAAAACACAGAAUUACCCACUUGUGUCUGAUAUUAGUGUCCUAAACUUAACACGCUGCCCAGCAGCUGGGGGGGGCUCUGCCUGCUGUGAACUCCCCAGAAGUAUCAUUGGCAUCAUUUCCAUAACCUCUUAUCUUCCACUUCACGUUUCUCCAGCAAGCUUAAUGUCAUACUCCUUUCUUUGAAUUGCAAAAAACCUUGAAAAGUCAAGUCUUCACGGCUCCCCCCACCAUUCACCCCUUAGCUGCCACUGGCCAUGCCACGUCCACAGCAUUUCACCACCGCGUUUGACGAAUUCCUGGUUUUCCCCCGACCUGGUGGGAGAGGAACAGACCCGGCUCACGGUGCAUUGCAUGAAACCUGAUGUGGAAGCAAUUCACCAAGAAAUAUAUACAGCAGAGCAGCCCCGUAUAUCAGGUUUUCUGUGUGGUCAAGUAAAGUGAUAUUCUAUUUACUUUUUUAGAUGUAUAAACAGAUUAAGUCCCAGGGAAAAUAUGCUCCCAAACUUCAUAAUAUUUUAUUAAACCACUGAAGUUUAAUUUAAUCUUUUGGCUUCCACAGAAAAAUUUUCCAUUUCUUUUCUAAGCACCUUUGAUUUUAUUUUCUUUUAAUUACUGUUAUCCGGAGUUAACAAUGUGGGUUUUGCGCUCCACCCAGCAAGGACUAUCCAGAUUAGAAGUGGAGAAUUUUGCUGAAAUACAGAAAUAUCUAUGUGGUGGUAAGAAGUCAAUGACGCCUGGGCGGAAAACUCUAGAGAAACCAGUGUGCAGAAUGAAUUCCCCUCCGCCAGGCAAUAACAAGGCCGCAUUCCUCAAUUCAUAGCAUUUAUUACCUAAGACAUUGGCCAGCCAUAGCUUUUGAACAAAAUUAUACCUCCUUCAUCUUAGGCCUGUCCACACGGCUGCGCGGGGGCUGGCUCACUGCUCGAUCUCACUCCAUCCCGGAGGCAGCGCAGCUCACUGCUCCGUGGGGAAAGCUCUCAUUAAUUCAGGUCCGACGCUGCCCUCAGGCUCAGUACUGUGCUCUGUGAACGCAGCUUUGGAUGCAUCAUCUAUCUGGGUGUGAAGCUGCUAGCGAAGGCCAACACUGUGCUGAGCCCCGAGCACACUGCUUGGCCCGGGAGGUCCCGAAUCUGAUGCCCUAUGGGUAGCCCAGCUCAUGGUGAAAGCUACUGGGAGCCAAGCAGAGCUCUUCAAGAAAGACUCAGCACCUGCAUCUCAGCAUCAUUAAGUAGGAAUAAUAAUGGUAAUCAUCAUCUCACAGUUCUUAAGACAAGUGUGUAACUUCUGGAGGCCAAAUUCGCUGUGUCAGUGUUACCUGAGGUCCUCAGCGCAGCAGAGGAACUUCAGAUGCAGCUUAUCAACUAGAAGUACAUCUCCCUUGCCAAAUCUCUUUGCUAUUUCCUCUCCUGCAACUUGGAACAGUCCUGGUAAUGGAGAGCCCUUCUUCACAGACACACCAGCAUCUGGCCUCGGCGCGUUCCUCCAUUAGCGCUGGGGCAAUGGUGAUGUUGUAGACAGGAUUAGACCUGCUUGGCCACAGUUUCUCCAACUCAUUUCUUUUGUUCUUUCACCAACAGCUGGGAUUUAGGGCAUGUGAGCAACAUCUAAAGGAAAUGACUGAGAGGUAUUGGCUGGGGAGCACUUACCUUCCCUUGUACAGGGCUUAUGGAACAGAAUCAAUAGAUUUUUCUAUAGUGCUCACUGCUGGAGAGCCCCCCAUGGCUGGGCACAGAAGAGAUGGCAACAGAGUGAAAAAAUUCUCUUGAGAAGGACAAGUUUAAGAGCACAGAGGAAAGUGGCCAAAUGCAUCGUAUCGACAGGGCAAACAGAGUCACGAAUCUCAUCACCUGCCUCUGAGCAGGCCUGCAGCUGCACGCUGCCUCGUCUGCAGCUCCCUGGGGCUCUGCUGGUGCAAAACAGCCUCAGCAGUUCCCGGGACCCACAGCUUCAGGGCAGGAGGGCUCUGUGCUUUGAGCACAGGCUCCCCCUGCUAUCGGGGCAGGCUCCAGCGAGGUGGAGGGCUGGGCAGGGCUGGUGGAGGCAGAGGAAAGCAUCCAGCCGGGGUCCUCCAGGGACAUUAUCAGUUCAGCAGCAUCACAGGGUUUGCUGGAUUGCCAGGAGCCAUUUCCUACUGUUCCUUUUUAUCAGCUCUUCUGACCAAAAGAGCACAUCUGCUAAGCCCAGACAGGGUCUGUUGUCCAAAGUGAAGCCACAGUCCAAGAACCCCAAUUCAGGGGCACUUCCACAGACACAUCUCUAGCCACCUGGCGUAGGAAUUAUAAAGAGAUAAGCAACGGCAUCACUGCACCAUGAUUUAAAAAAAAAACCCCAAACUUCACUGUGAUUCCCUGUAACUCAAACCCAGUAUUGGCCUGAGACCAAACUCCUCCAUUUUCCACAAUGAGAAGAUUCAAGGUUAAAUAAAGAAAUUAUUUGCAUGUCUACUCAUGUGAGUUGCUGGCAGGGCUGGGGCUCAGGACGUGGCCAGCUCUGCCCGCACAAAUGGGAUGUUGCCCCUGUAUGUCUUGGGGAGCAAGAGGUGCCAUACGAGUUCUCCCUGGUCUGCAGUUACCCCGGCUGGCACAAGCCAUGUAGACACAAAGUCAGAGA